UGACUUCAACGUCACAGAGCCUCGCUCACCACCAGGCUCGCACUGGCGAGCGAGUUGUAAAGUUAAUCAUCUCGUGUGGUUAGCCUCGCGCGGUUUGGUCUGCAACAACAGUAAUACGGUAACCAAUCUGGCUUACACUCAAGUUCCCUCGGUAAGGCCUAAUCCUUAAUCAUUGGGGUUGCGUAUCACAUGCGUAAUAAUAAUUUAUUUAUAUACUGUAAGAUAUAUAUACACACACACACUCUCUCCUCCUGUUAGCCUGAGCGCGUUUGGACGCACGUUGCUUUUUUGUCUUUUUUUUUGUGUUCGCUCUGAGCUCAUUUUUUUUUUCUUCCGAGCGGGCUGUUACUGCCACCACGUCGGGUAGGGCGAGUAGCUCUGUGCAAGUUAACGUCAGCACAGACUGCACUGCGAGCGUGUGCGCGCGCGCGGUCCAUUCAGUAAGUGCCUUCUCUGCGUUUCGAAUGCCUUAUGAACGUUACUCAACAACAACAACAGCAGCAGCGGCAGCGGCAGCAGCAGCAACAUCAGUGGCGACAGCAACAACAACAACAACAGCAACCCGAGAGGCAUUUACGUAACGUACGGGGCCACAGCACUGGAAGAGUGCGAGAAGCGUACUGCAAAGUGCGGCAGUUCUACCACACAUGCGUUGUAAAAUAAAAUAAUUAAAUGUAAAGAAUAAAAAGCAAGACAUGAUAAAAAGGAGCUGAUUUAGAGCGCAGAGUUGGCCCUUUUUUUCUGCGUUAGAGGUUGGGGGGGGGGGAGGAAACCGGACCACGAGAGUCGGGACUGGUUUUAACAACAGCAAAAACCACAAACCGGAUAGCGUACUCAUUAAUAGCAGCAUCAGCAGCAACAACACAUAUAUAUCACACACACAACACACCCAUCAACCUUCACCGGCUCAUACACAACCUUCACCGACUCAUCUGAAUACAAACCAAAAAAGUGGCAAGACUGAAUGAAUAAAUGGCGAUAUGGAAAGCCCCGACACACGCAGCCUUGAUCUGGGAAUGCGCACUCUGCGCAUUGCUCCUGCUCACCGGGUGCGCAAGUAGCAGAAGCAGCCACUAUGGAGGAGCCGGAGUUUUUGAUUUUGAGCGCCGCUCCGAGCGGGGCGGGGCCCGGCCCGGGGCUGAGGUGGCCGGGGCUGGGGCCGAAGGAGCCGGCGGGGACCCCUCGGUACAGCAGCGGCAGCCGCAGCAUCAUCAUCAUCAGCAGCAGCAGCAGCCGCAUCCUCGCCUGCUCUUCGGCACGGCAGACGUUCGCGCUCUGCGAUCGAGGGCCAACUCGACGCACGCGCACCUCACCCGCGCUCUGCGCAGGGCCGCGCACGCGAUGCUCGCCAGACCGGACGUCUACCUGCCGCCUCGUCCAGCCGCGGACGGCUCGGACACCGCCAGCUGGGCGCAUGCCACGGACAGCUUCCGGGCUGGUACCACGGACAGCGCCACCAGCACCACUAACAGCGGCGCAGCGGAAGCCGCCGCGCGUCGCGGCAGGAGCGGGGAACCCGGCCCCCGCUGGGCCGAGAUCUACGGCAGCAACGUGGGCGCUUUGGCUAUGCACUGCGUGCUCGCUCCCGCGGAUCGAGCGGCGCUCGCCCUGGCUCUCGACUUCACGGAGAGGCUGGCCGAGCAGAGCCGUCGACGUCGCCGUCAUCAGCAACAGCAGCAGGUGAUUAGGAUGACGCCACGGUUGGCGCUUUCAUUGUCAUCAUCAUCAUCAUCUUCGUCAUCUUCGUUCUCUUCGGGUGUCGUUCACGAGGAGCACCCGUCGGGGGCGCACACGUUGCUCGGCCUCGCCACGGCGGUGGACCUCCUGUAUGCGCAGCUGAACGCGUCCAAGCGGCGCGAUCACCUGGACGCGCUGGCCGACGCCACGGGCGACGUGUUCUCGCACUGGCGGGCCAGGCCUUGGAGCGCCCAGCCGACGGACGGUCGGGCCGUGACGGGGAUGCUCGCCGUGCUGACGGGGGCCCUCGUGCUGGAGCCGCAUCGAACGCACCGCGCGCGCGCCACACGCUGGAAGCGCGCGGCCACGGGCCAGCUUCAGAGGGCCAUGCUGCUGCUGGAGCACGUGGUGGACGGAUCGCUGCAAGAGGGCGUCGCGUACGGCAGCUACGCGAGCAGAGCGCUCACGCAGUACGUGUUCCUGGCGCUCAGGCACCUGGGCAUAGACCACACGCGCAGCGGGUGGCUGCGGGAACACUACUGGUUCUACCUGGCCACUGUGCUGCCCGGCUUCAGGCGCACCGUGGGCAUCGCCGACUCCAACUACAACUGGUUUUACGGUCCCGAGAGCCAGCUGGUGUUCCUGGACACGUACGUGCUGCGCAACGGCAGCGGCAACUGGCUCGCGCAGCAGAUCCGCAGGCACAGGCCGAGGGACGGGCCCAUGGAGCACUCGAGCGCGUGGAGGUGGGCCACCCUGCACACCGAGUUCGUGUGGUACGACCCGCGCCUGGUGCCCAAGCCCCCCGAAGGCCACGGGAAGCCGAGGCUGCACCUGUUCACCGACUGGGGCGUGCUGACGCACGGAGGGGGACUUGCGCUGGACGACAGGAGCACCUUUGUGUCGUUCAAGUCCGGGCCGGUGGGAGGCACGGCGGCACGGCGCUUGGCUCAGUGCAGCCCUUACCGCUGGCUGAACAACGGGAUGGGCGCCUUCAACCCAGCGCACGAGCACCCCGAUCAAAACUCGUUCACGUUUGCCCCGAACGGGCGUGCCUUCGUUUCAGAGGCCCUCUAUGGCCAUAAAUACACUUACCUCAACAACGCACUGGUCUUCGCUCCGUCGCCCAGCAGUAAAUGCCACCGGCCGUGGGAAGGGCAGUUGGGCGAGUGUGGGCAGUUCAUGGAGUGGGCCGAGACUGACGCGGGUACGGGAGGCCUGGGAGCAGGAAAGCUGAUCACCGCCUCUCAGCAUGGGGACAUGGUGUUCACCAGCGGUGAGGCCGUUGAAGCUUACGGCGGAGGGAUGAUGCUGAGAAGCGUUUACCGCGCUCUAGUCCUGCUCAACACACAGACGCUGUUGGUGCUGGAUCACAUCGAGAGGGCUGAGAGAUCUCCAGUCAAUCUCGUUAGUGCCUUUUUUCACAACCUGGAUUACGACGUUCGAUACGUCCCUCUUUCCACAGAGAACGGGUAUCGCGGCGCCUUGAUGGACGAUUGGGAUGCCCAUUACAAAAUGUUCUGGGUUGACGAUCAGGGCAAUAGCCCAAAGGCGAGGAUCCAAGAAGCCGAGCUGAUGGCAGAGAUGAAAAAGCGUUGGACCCAGUAUGUUAACGUGACAUUUCCCAUGCAAAGUCAAGUGACUAGGAUUGCCUACAUGUUUCACGGUCCAUUUGUAAACAUUAACAACUUAAAGUUCAUCGAGAGUAGUAAAUAUGGCGUCAGGCUCUCUGUUUGCUUAGACAAUGUGGAGAAAGUUAUAUCCAUUGCUACUAAGCAUGACGAUCCUGUAGCCAGACAUGGGUUUCUUGGUUUUGGCGGAUUUGCUGUGGUUGAGGAUAGAAGCAAAGUCACUUACUUUGGCCAGGGUACAGUUAUAAAACCCAAACACAAGCAUGAGACGGUGUUUGUUUUAAGGAUUUCCAUUAUAUUUAUGGGGAUAUCGUCAGUGACAGGUGUAGUUUUGGUGGCUAUUCACCGAAAGUCCAGUGUAGGUUUGCAAAAGAUCGCCAGGUCAGUUUUUCUCAUUUUGAUAAUUAUUUGGCUCCUUGAAAUAUUAGUUGUGCAGAAUGUCUGUUUCCAAGAGUUGUGUGGAAAUGAUUGGGCCAACUUAACAUCUGUAGUGGCAUCCGAAGUGAUUGAUGAACUGCCUUUAAUUUCACUCGAUGCUCCUCAGGAAUUGCCAACCGUUGUGAUAGCAUCUCUCCCAGCCUCAGGAGCCGAGGUUGUGAGUCAGCUCUUCGUGGGAAAUUCUGACUUUGUGUACAUCCCCAUUCCCAGUCUUUACUUUCGCCCGCCAUCUGUUGCAGUGCCUGGUGCUCCCUCCGGCGACGCCUGUAAAUGGCCCCUGUUCAGUGAUCACAGCGAUGAGCUCCCCGAGACCUGGCAGUGGUUUCGAUCGCUCGUCAGGCACACGAGAACGCACGUUCAGAACGCAAUCCAGGCGACGAGGCUGAGCACUGACUCCUUGGCGAAAGGAAUCCUGAGGGUCAAUUCGACGAGGCACGUUUUCAAAAAGAAGGGCGGCAACGGGCAGAGAAAAUGUGCGCGGAGCGACGAGCUGGGAAACAUUCAGCGCGUGCGUAAGCACCUCGACUCGUUCCCAAAUUCGCGGCUCUGUCUCGGGCUCAACGACGGCAACUGGAACAACAAGCUGCCCUCGCUGAAAGAUGUAAUUGGCCCCGCGAUGAAGGCACUGUACGUGGUGUGUGACCCGAGAACUUGGGUGUAUUCCAUGAUGCACAGCUGCUUUGAGCUUCCCGGCAAGCCCGCAUUCCCGGAGGGCGUGUGUUUGAAAAUAGCCCGACACUUGGACCCGCGGCCUCCGUCCGCGAGCAACGCCAGCGAGGGUUGCGGCGACGGUGCGCGCCCUCUUUCAACUCCGCGGGAACUGCCGUGGAACACUUCUGUGGCAGCGGCCGCCCUACUGGCGAGCGCCUGGCGCGACAACACCGCGACCGCUUUGCGCAGCCACAAGCAGCUCACGGGAGAUACGCAGCAGUUAAUCAGGGUCGAGGACGUUGUUCGGUACCCGCGGGAGGUGGCCGGCAGGGUGUACAGCUUUCUGGGCCUGCCACUUCCGCCGUCGGCGCUCAACCAAAUCCUGUUUACGACACGAACCGGGGUUGUGAGUCCAGCACACCGAGGGUUGGAUUUUCUCAGCGUUCGGGAUGCUUGGAGAGUUAAAUUGUCUCCCGCAGCCGUACGGGAGAUCGAGUCAGUUUGCUGGCCCCUUAUGAAAAUCCUUGGGUAUGGAAAGUUUGAAAAUUGAGGAACUUUAAUUGUAAAAUUGUAAAAAAGAAACACAAUAAAUUAAAAUUAUAUAUUUAAAAAAAUGUUACGAUAUAAUUUUAUAAUAUUUUGUUUAUUCUUCACAAGAACAUAGCUGUUAUUCAACAUGUGUUCAAACCAGGUUUCUCAUGGCCGUCUAGAUACAAUUAAAAUGUAUGAUUCCCCUUCGACUGCUUUAAAUACAUUAUAGAAGUAAUAAAAAAAUAUACAUCAGAGUUCUGUGUGUGUUUUUUUCAUUUGUAUAAUUACCAUAAUUAUGUUUUGAGCUCUAAGUAUGCUUGAAAGGGAAUGCCACUAACAGAGUUUGAGAUAUGUCCUUGAGUGGCUCAGAAAUUACUAAGCUGAAAUGAGUCACGGAUACUUCACUCAAAUCACACCACCUCAAUCGGUCCAUUCCCUCCCGACCACCACCAAAAAACACACACCCGCAAGAUGUUUUUCUCCUGAAAUAUUACAGCUUAAUCAUUGCAGACGUGAUACACGAUGACUCAAUCAAACAUAAGAGGUCUCUUGAGCUGGGUUUCGAAACAAGAAGUGCAUUAAGACCUUAUCUAAUGUCACUGAUCAAUCUCAUGGCUGGUUCUGUUGUUGCGCCCAUUGCUGUUGACGGAUGUCUUCGCCGUUUUGAGGUUCUCUCCAGGGCUGAUGCUGUUGCUGCUGCUGCAGCAUCCUGAUGUUGAUUGAUGACUGGCGUUAAUAGCUUCUUCCAGCGCAGCAUAAUGAUAGGAAAUCCCAAUAUUUUUACUUGUUAAAAUGCACCCGUGUAAGUUACGCAUCAGCCAAUUAUCAGUCAGCAUGUAUUCUUAAAAUCGUUGUGUUUUAUUGUCUUUACACUAAAUUAUCACAUGCCAAUAAUGUAGCUUUAUGAGUUUAAACUUUAUUGCAAUUAUAGUUUCACCGUACAGGAUGGUCAUUUAACAAGAGCCCAGUGUGUGUGUGUGUGUGAUAGUGUGAAGUUUACAUACACUAUUUAUUACAGAGACACACACACAAGCUCUUUUGGAGAUCAGUGGUGUUGUGGUCCAUGCACUUUGCUACAAUUACAGCAGCCUAAGGUUCCAUUCUCGGGCAUGUACCAAUACCAGUUACAACUUGUAUACGAUCAUUGCCUUUGCUGCCCUUUAAAUCAACUCAACGUUAAAAAAUCUCACGUGGUGUGCCAACAUCAGCACUAGGGAAAGAGAUGGAGCUAGGAAGAGUGAUGGUUCUACCAUCGCUUGGUGUGCAAUGCCUAAACCUAAUAGGUGCUUCACAAUAAUGCUCGCCUCAGCAAUCUCUGCAGGUUAUAGGGGUGGACACGUGUCAAUGUGAUUAUUUGAACACACAUUUUCUGGAAAUAAAAGACCUUGGCACAAAUACGUUGUGCAUUAAAUGCAAAUGUAUCAGAUCACACUUACUUUAAAAAGCAUGUCGUGAAUUGUAACUUAUAUAUUUUGGUUUAAGCGAGUGGUUGUGCACGCCUGUAAUCCAGCACUGUGGAGGUGAUAUUUUGUGCAUCAUACAAAUGUUGUGAAAAUCCCUUCCCGUGGUCAUCAAGAAGAUAUACACCGUGACUUAAAGCUUUCGUGACUGCAGGAAUUCAUAUUCUUUGGGUCUUUC